CGUGAUAGUAACUUGCAGUUUCAGAGCACAUGCACGCUGUCAGGGCUAGCCUGCCUGCUCGCUGCGUUUGGUUACUCGUUGUACCUGCUGGGGAAUUCACCUUGUCAUUGCCUGGAGUAUCUUCCACCCGUUACAAAAUCAGAAAAAGUUGUAUACUUCAACACCAAAGAGGAGGUUCGGCUUUCUGGGGGUGAUUCCGAAAUAUUGAAGUGCAAAGAAGAGAUACUCCUACAGAGAAAAAUAUGACCAAAAGCAAUGGAGAAGAGCCCAAGACGGGGGGCAGAAUGGAGAGAUUCCAGCAAGGAGUCCGCAAGCGCACACUUUUGGCCAAGAAGAAAGUGCAGAACAUCACAAAGGAGGAUGUUAAAAGUUACGUGUUUCGGAAUGCUUUUGUGCUGCUCACUAUCACCGCUGUCAUUGUGGGUACAAUCCUUGGAUUUACCCUCCGCCCAUACAAAAUGAGCUACCGGGAAGUCAAGUACUUCUCCUUUCCAGGGGAACUUCUGAUGAGGAUGUUACAGAUGCUGGUCUUACCACUUAUCAUCUCCAGUCUCGUCACAGGAAUGGCGGCCCUAGAUAGUAAGGCAUCAGGGAAGAUGGGAAUGCGAGCUGUAGUCUAUUACAUGACUACCACCAUCAUUGCUGUGGUGAUUGGCAUAAUCAUUGUCAUCAUCAUCCAUCCUGGGAAGGGCACAAAGGAAAACAUGCACAGAGAAGGCAAAAUUGUACAAGUGACAGCUGCUGAUGCCUUCUUGGACUUGAUCAGGAACAUGUUCCCUCCAAAUUUGGUGGAAGCCUGCUUUAAACAGUUUAAAACCAACUAUGAGAAGAGAAGCUUUAAAGUGCCCAUCCAGCCCAAUGAAACGCUCGUGGGUGCCGUGAUAAACAAUGUGUCAGAGGCCAUGGAGACGCUUACACGGAUCACAGAGGAGCUGGUCCCAGUUGCAGGAUCUGUGAAUGGGGUCAAUGCCCUAGGACUAGUUGUCUUCUCCAUGUGCUUCGGUUUUGUGAUUGGAAACAUGAAGGAGCAGGGACAAGCCCUGAGAGAGUUCUUUGAUUCUCUUAAUGAAGCCAUCAUGAGACUGGUAGCUGUGAUAAUGUGGUAUGCCCCUCUGGGCAUCCUCUUCCUGAUUGCAGGGAAAAUUGUUGAGAUGGAAGACAUGGGAGUGAUUGGAGGGCAGCUUGCCAUGUACACGGUGACCGUCAUUGUCGGCCUACUCAUUCACGCAGUCAUCGUCCUGCCGCUCCUCUACUUCCUGGUGACACGGAAAAACCCUUGGGUUUUUAUUGGCGGGUUGCUGCAAGCCCUCAUCACAGCUCUGGGGACCUCUUCAAGUUCUGCCACCCUACCCAUCACCUUCAAGUGCCUGGAAGAGAACAAUGGUGUGGACAAGCGAGUCACCAGAUUCGUGCUCCCCGUAGGGGCCACCAUUAACAUGGAUGGGACUGCCCUCUAUGAAGCAUUGGCUGCCAUUUUCAUCGCUCAAGUUAACAACUUUGACCUGAAUUUUGGACAGAUUAUUACAAUCAGCAUCACAGCCACUGCUGCCAGCAUUGGGGCAGCUGGGAUUCCUCAGGCGGGCCUGGUCACCAUGGUCAUUGUGCUGACAUCUGUGGGCCUGCCCACUGACGACAUCACGCUCAUCAUCGCAGUGGACUGGUUCCUGGACCGCCUCCGAACCACCACCAACGUGCUGGGAGACUCCCUCGGAGCCGGGAUUGUCGAGCACUUAUCACGACACGAACUGAAGAACAAAGAUGUUGAAAUGGGAAACUCUGUGAUUGAAGAGAAUGAAAUGAAGAAACCAUAUCAACUGAUUGCCCAGGACAGUGAAGCGGAGAAACCUAUCGACAGUGAAACCAAGAUGUAGACUAACAUGAAGAAGUGGCUUCUCGAGCACCAGGUGUUGGGAAACCAUUAUAAAAUGUUUUCAUCUCGUUACACCUCAUUCUCUCCAAUAAGCCCUUUAUCUGCCUUUUCCACUCUACUUCGAUAGGUCUGGAAAGUAAACAUCCAAGAACAAGGUAGGAUUUUACAGUGGCCAAAAUGUGUACUUUUCAUCUCAUCUCAAACUUUUAAAUCAUUUCAUGUUACGGUUACCUAAUCCAAGAGUCUUUAUCAGAUCUUACCAGUUCCUGUGGCACACAAUCCUGUAAAUGUGAUUUUAUAUAAGUUAAAGAAUGGAACAAAUAGUUAAGUUUUAAAAAUGAUAGCUAAACAUUCAAAAUGUAAAACUCUUUCAAACACAAGGUUUAGUCUCAAAACAUAACAAUUUGAUGAACUACAAUCAGUUAUCGGUUGGAUAGUAGGAGGGUUUUUUCCCCUUUCUCGUCUGAUUUGUGUCCCCCUGUUAUUAGCAGCAGGACUAUACAUACACGCCUAGCACAGCGGCCAGGAGGGGCAGAAAGUGAAGUUUCCACAUGGCCUUGGGCAAGGCACAUCUCAUCUCUGGGCCUCAGUGCCCUCACCUACAAAAGCAGUGAGUUCCCUAGUUCCUUACUGUCCCUUCUAGCCCAGACAUCUGUGACGUCAUGAAAGAGCCCGCCCUCUAUGCCCUCACCCCCACCACAGUCCCCCGGCAUACUUGUACCGAGUACCAUUCCGUGAAGCAUGGGGCUUUCGGGAAGAACACUUACUGAGAGUGAACGGUUCUAACUAGGGGCAGGAUGGCUGUGGGGUUCGCCAGGUCCUGUGUCCAAAGGGGCAGUUAUGGCAAGUUGCAAGGAAAGAGUAGGAUUGUUCAUGAAACCCUUUGCCCAGUUCUUCUAGACAGGGGAAGCGUUCCUUUCUUUCCUCCUCUUUCCGAACCGAAGGGACUGCUCUGGGAAGGAAGUCUCCCGCCAUUCCAUAACUGACGAUAGACUUUUAGAAAAUAAAACAGAAGACUAGCAACUAGCAUGGGUGCUUGGGGUUUUACUAUGGAACACUAAAGAGCUGGGAGAGAAUGGAACAUGGUUAACAUUAUCAAGAGAGGAUUUUAAAAUACCAAGAGUAUAGGUCUUCCUUCAGGAAGAAUUUAAAAAGAGGAAGUUAUAAUGUUUUGUUUUGUUUUAUUUAAACCAGGGACAAUUCUCUUCAAUUCAGAGUCAUUCCCCAAGGAAGUCUGCAAACCAAAAUAUACAAUCACUUCUGAUAUAUUUUACAGAAGUCCAAUGAAUGAGUUUUCUAAUAGGGGUCCAUGAGCUGGAUGGGUGGUCUCAUAUUUGAAAUGUUUCACUUUACUCAAAAGUUCUUGAAACGAAAGAAACAAGAUAAUGCUUUGUGUUGGGAUUCCACUUCCAUCAUUCAAAACUUUCAGCUGGAGUAGGGUUGACUUUUGUUUUGUUUGUGUCCCUAAGAGAAAUGGUAGAAGAUAAAUCAGUACGAAGACGAUGUCAAUGAGGUUGCAAGAAAACACAGCAGGGGCAUUAGUGUCAGGCAAGGCAGCUCCCAGGUUUAGAGGAGAUUAAUUUUACCCCCUAAGGAAUAUACCCAGUCAAAGAUGCCGAGUGGGAGCUGUCAGACAAUACCCAGCUGUGCUUGAAUUUCUGACCGAAAAUGGCGAAGAAAGAACUUAAUUAUGCUAACAGACUGAAAAUCUAGACAUACAUCCUCUGAUACAGUUAGGGCUCUUCCUAUAAUAGAUCCAAGCAUUACGUGCAUCUAAGAGUUAGCGUUAGGCUGUGGUGGAGUAACCAUUUAAUGUCGAGGCUCUAUUUGGGAAACACUACAAGAGUUAAUGCACACGGCUGCCAUGAAACUAGUAGAGCAAAAAUUAAUCAUGUCAAAUUAAUUCUGUUACACAAUGUGAUGUUUUUUAUACUAACCAUUUCUUAUGGAAAGCAGGUCCUCUAGGGCAAUCCUCUCACCAGCCCAUCACAGGCUCUGCAUAUCCGUGCACCCAGUGUGGACUGAAAAGCAUUACUUUGUAGAUGUAUUUUCAAUAAAGAAAAAAAUAGUUUUACAUUAA